CUAGUUGAGACAGGGAGAGGUGACCCUGAUAUUGGCCUGAACUCCAGCAGGGACCACCCACAUCCGGGCCUCACCCCACUAAAGGACAAGGCUCUGGCAUCCCAAUAGCACUUCCUGGCCCUCUCCCCUGGUGUCCACAAAGCACCCUCCAACUUCAACAUGAUCAAGGAAGAGCAUGAUCUUUCUGGAAUGGGGGCACCCCAAGGAUCAGCUCCCAUGACGACCACUGUGAUUAACAUCCAGCCAGAGAUGAACGUGCCCGACUACAUCGUCUGGUCCAUGUUCAACACAGUCUACAUGAACUGGUGCUGCCUGGGUAUCGUGGCCUUUGCCUACUCCGUGAAGUCUAGGGACCGGAAGAUGGUGGGUGAUGUCACUGGGGCCCAGACUUAUGCCUCCACCGCCAAGUGCCUGAACAUCUGGGCCCUGGUCUUGGGCCUCCUUCUGAUCAUCAUGUUCAUGAUUCUUAAAUUCACUGGCACCUUGGUCUAGAAUAACCGCAAACAAAGAGGUUACCACUAGCUGCAUAUGGCCGAGGGCCAAGUCCUCCACCGUCCGCUGCCGGCCACGCUUCCCACGCUGCCCAGCUGCCGGUCCGGCCCUCAGCACCCACCCCUUUACCGUGUGUUUAAACAGACUUGCCUGACCACAACUGAAUGCAAUAAAGUACACUUGUGUGUGA